UGGUAGUUGCAUCAAACGGAAUAUCGAGAAAACGAGAACGGAGAUCAGAAUUUAGCUUGAGAGGAAUGUGCCUUUUCUUCGUGUGCCCUGUCAGAAACGGUACAUCAUAUUUAGGAUCCUCAGACGAGAAGGAGCUCUGUAUAGACAAGUGCCGAUGUUCAGGAUCUGCUUACCACGACGUACGGGAGUAGGAGCAGUGCGUCAAGUACAAAAGUGAGCAUCUGGAUCUCGCAUGUUUUUUUACCGUCAUGGAAAUGCGACGGGCCAUUCAUGCUUGCAUUGAACUUGAAGUACUAGUAACUUACAACCUUCAACAAACCAGGACUGUAUAGGGAGAAGCAUUCGACGUCUUAAUAGCGUUUCAACAGACUGCUCUUUGAAUAAGUACUGAUUUUCUAGACGUAGACCUAAAGGCUCACUGUGCCUUCUUGUUUGAUUGAGACCUGUGGUCAUCUCCAACCUACCCCACAAUGGCUCUCACGCUGGACCGGUCGCGGUUGCAGGAGAUCGAGCGUCUCGCGAACGAAGUGCUCAUGGAGCAGGAGGAGCUUCGGGAGCGGAUACGACGCGCCGAUGGAAUACGGCAAGGAUUAAACGCCUUGACGACGACGGCACACAGCAACGUUUCCAAACUGGACCGCAGCUCCAAGGUGCGGGAGGCAAACGUGUGGCUUUCCACGGGGCUGAGCGACGGCGACCACUUUGUACGCCUGUCCAAGAAGAGUGCGCGGGAGAAACUGGAGAAGGAGCGCGUGCGCACGCAGACGGAGGAAAAGGAGAAACGGGCAGCGGUGAAGAAAGCCCUGAAAGAGUUGCACAACAAACACCCGAGCAGCGCGGAAAUCGCUCCGGGCGUCCUAGACUUGCUCAUUCAACAGGAAGCGGAAGAGAAAAAGGCCGCGGCGGAAAAAAAGGACCACAGCAGCAGUGCGUCGAAGUCGGCGCAAGGUGUGGUGCGCCGCGACCGCUUGGAUUACUCGCAGUGGAACGCCAUAACGACCUCUGACAGCGAAGAUGAUGACGAUAGCGACAUGUAGUGGAUACCAGUAGAGCAAACAUAUGAAUUUCAACGUGAAGCAGGUGAACAAACUACGCGACACAAGUGCUCCAACUACUCAUUCCUUCAAGAACCUUGAUUUUGAACCAUUGGCGUGUAUUACUACAAAGCGAAAGCAGGCAUAAU